AUGCACAUCCUUGUCGUCAACGACGAUGGACCACCAAGCACCAAACUCUCACCAUACCUCCGCCCUCUAGUCAACACCCUGGAAGCAAACGGCCACCAAGUCUCCGUAGCAAUCCCCGCCGCCUCCCGCUCGUGGAUCGGCAAAGCCCACCUAAUCGAAGCCUCCCUAACAGCCAGCUACGUCCACCCGGACGCGUUCCACGCCGACGGCAGCUGGGACGAGAGCUUCGAAUCCCCAGACCCAUCAAACGACUGGGUCGUGAUCCGCAACGGCACACCGGCCAGCUGCGCGCAACUAGGUCUGUACAACCUGUUCAGCGAGCGCGCGCCGAUCGACCUCGUCAUCUCCGGCCCGAACCACGGCCGCAAUGCAUCCACCAUCUACAACCUGUCCUCGGGGACGGUAGGCGGUGCGCUGGAGGCGGUGUUCUGUGGUAAACGCGGCAUUGCGAUCUCGUUUGGUAGCAAGGAUCCGCAGACAGAUGAUGUUAUUGCUGCGGCGGCGAGAUUGGCUGUUCGGGUUGUGAGACAUCUUUUUGAGAAUUGGGAUGACCGCGUCGAGCUUUAUAAUAUUAAUGUUCCCAUGGUUCUGGAUGUUGAGGAGAGGCCUGUUAUUUAUACGCGCACGUUGCCGUAUUAUUGGAACAGGGGGUGUUUGUAUGCUGAGGAGGGGACGGGGAAGAAGGUUAAUGGUGUGAAUGGUGUCAAUGGUGUGAAUGGUGUCAAUGGUGUUCAUGUCAACGGCGAGACGAAUGGCGUGAAUGGCGUGAAUGGCGUUCAUGUCAAUGGCGAGACGAAUGGCACGGCUGUUAAUGGACAUGUCCCUGCGUCUACCAGACAGCGCCAGUUUAAGUGGUCUGCUGAUUUGUCGGAUAUGAAGAAGACGUUGCAGGAGAGUGAGGUGGGCACAGAUGCUCAUACUGUGCUCAAUGGGUCGACUAGUGUGACUGCCCUCCGAGCCAAUUUCUGGCAUGUCCCCGGUCUUGAAGGGCCGCUGGACAUUGAUUCUUGA